AAUUAUGUCUACGUAUCCAAUAUGUGCAUACACAUAUAUACUAAUAUAACGAUAUUUAAAUUUUCAAUACAUUAUAUAUAUGUAUGUAAAUUUGAUGACUAUUAUAACAUUUAUUAUUUUUGUUAUUCAAUACCAACUAUGUCACUUAUAUCUAAUUUUGGUAAUUCUUUAAAUGGUGUAUGAUUUCGUUUACUUGAUCGUAUAGGAGUACUAGUAUGAUUAUUCAUUAUCUUUUGUAAUUUAAUUGAUAAUGGUUUAAUUUUUAUUUUACUUUGUACCAUUUUGGAAGUACUUUCUGAUUUUCCUUCUGAGCGUAAUCCAAUGGUAAAGUUAUUUAGAGAUGAUUUAUUCUUUGAUCUACUCUUAACAGUUUUUGUUUGCACUUUUGACAAUCUAUGAGAAUGUGCAAUUUUCAUAGACUUACUUGUACUUGCUUCUGCGUAUUUUUCUUUUUGUGACGAUUGCUUUUGAAUUUUUCUAUCUGUAUCCUGCAGAUUUAAUUUAUUAUUAAUAUUAUCUUUCUUAUUCUUUUUUUUAUUUUUCAUUUGUGAUACUCUUCUUCUCCGUUUUCUUUUAUAUAUUUUAUUUUGAGAUGUUUCUAAAUUUGACAAAUCAUAUUCUGAGCUACUGGAUUCCUAUAAAUAUUUAAAUAUUUAUUAUAUGCUAGAAGAAAAUCAAAUAAGAAAACUGAAAUCAAUAAUUAUUAAACAUACAUUGAUUUCUAAUGUAGCAUCUUCCUUUUUCACUCUUGUCCAUGUAAAUUGUGCAUUAUCGUCUAUUAAAAUAUUAUCAAAUGCUGUUUGUAAAUCAGUAGAAUAAAAUCUUUUUAGAGAUUUUCUCAAUUGUUUUUCAGUUUGUUCAUCAUAUUUUAUACUUCCAAUUACUUCAAGUUUGAUUUCAGUUGGUCUAACGUGUUUAGAAUCAUAACAUAAAUAAAUUGUAAUAUUGGCAUAACUUUCAUUUAUCUUAUCAUAUACAUUUAAUAAUUCUAUUAUAAAUGAUGUAUAUCCCAAAUUUGGUUGCACAUUACAAUUACUCAAAUUGUCAACAGAAGACUGAAAUACAUAUAAAAAAAAAAAAAAAAAGACUUUUUAUUAUUCUAUUAUCAACUUAUACAUAGUAAUUUUUUUCAAAAAAAUAUUAAUAUUAAUAAAUACCUUUAAUUCUUGAUACUGUUGCAAUCUAAAUAUAUAACAAUUGCAAUGGUGCUUACAAUUUUGUACAAAAGGUAUUAUAUUGUAUAUUGUAUUGAGUGAUAUCUCAGACAAUAAUUGAUUUAUGUCAACUGACAUAGGCAUAACCCAUUUACCUAUCUGUAUCUUUUUGCCUCGUUUGAGAAGUUGUAUCGCAAAGAGAUUUUGUUUUUGUUCUUUCCAUGAUGAAUUAAAUCCAAUUAAAUAUUCAUUUCUAGCACUAUGUACACAAUAUAAUCCACUAUAUCUGUACAACUCAUAAUUUACAUUUGUUGACACAUCCUGAUUGCUUGUACCAACAAAAUUAUUUGUGCUAUUUGAAAUUAAGUUUUCUUUUAUAUUAUUAAGCUUCACAAUUUUUAAUUUUUGUCGUAAUUGUCUGACAGUAAGCUUUAAAUCUUCUAUUUCCUUCUCUAAUUUUAUUCUUUCUGCACUUGACGAAUCUAAAAUUGCCAUAAAAUAACAAUUACAUUCCAAGUAAUAUUUUUAAGGGUUAGGUUUAACGUAUUCAUGUAUAAAUUAUUUAAUUUCAUACCUUCGGACGAACUUUUAAUAUCAUUAUUAUUAUUAUUGGAAGACGACUUAUUUAAUUCCAUAUUACAAUAUAUUAAUUAAAAUUUUAUACAUAUGCACAUAUUUAAAUAAAGUCGCGCCAAGAAACUUGUAACUGAUAUAGUGCAGUGGUUCUCAUUUAUUCGGUACUAGUAAACGAUUAACAGAUGUUACACCUCACAAAGUCCAAGAAACCAAGCGGAUAUUUAUUACUAUUUCUAUUCAAAAAUGUUAAUUUUACCGCAUUCGAUAUGUCGGGUCAUGAUCGUCACAGAUCCUUAUGGGAACAUUAUUACAAAGAAUGCCAUGGGAUCAUUUUCAUAAUUGAUAGUAGCGAUAAACUAAGAUUAGUUGUCGUAAAAGAGGAAUUAGAUAUGCUUCUUCAACAUCCUGAUAUAGCAGGACGUAAAUUACCAAUUCUUUUCUUGGCAAAUAAAAUGGAUUUACCUGAUUCAUUAACAACUGUUAAACUAGUCUCAGGCCUUGGACUAGAAAAAAUACAAAAUAAACCAUGGCAUAUACGUGCAACAAAUGCCGUUACUGGUGAAGGACUACAACCGGCUAUAGAAUGGCUCACAGAUCAAAUCCGGGAUAUAUAUAUUAAUAAAAGACAAUAAU